AUGACAGAGGAUAAGCCGGAAUUGGCAGAAUUUACUGCGGCUGACCUUUCUCGAGCUCUGAAAACGCUGCAGGAGGGAGAACAGACAGCAGACGAAAUCGAGCGAAGGCUUGAUAUGAUGGAGCAGAGGAUGGCCCUACUUCUUGAGCAGGUCGAACAAAUGCAAAGCAAUACGGAAAGAAUUCAGACAAAUCAAACAAAGAAUGACAACUAG